ACCACGGACGACUUCUCUACCUUCAAUGCGGACAUUGUUCAGAUCAACAUCAUUGAUCCCCCCGCGUCCUCACGGCGGCGUCUCCUUCCCCCUCUCCGCUCUUCUUACUCAAUCGCCCAGCGCUUGAAGGGGUUGUAAUUGUGGUAUAAGCAUGUCAGGCAGCCGUGUAGAGUCUUGUAUAAAACGCCGUAUACUUGACUGCCAUGAUCUGUGUGACGGUCCGUGCACGUGCUCACGUCGCGCUCGGUGGCGGCCCUCGUCCUGUCACCAUUCUCGUCUGCCACCCCCACGACGAUGCCAAGAUAUGCACGUACACCGGCCCCUCUGCCACAACGAAGCCGUGCACCCCUUCGUGCAAUUCACCCCGACGAGUGCACCAUUGACUUCCUGACAAAAUGUCAUGAUAUGUGGCGCACUACCCCCUAUGGCCCUUCAGGCACUUUUUUGGGCGAUGGAGAAGUGCUUCGUCAUCU